UUGCGUAUUUAUGUUGCCAAUUCUCGUAGAGUGGGAGGCUCCGCAUGUAAGUAGUGGCCCAAGCUAAAGCAUCUGUGAAGAUAAGUUUACUCGGUUUUGUCACGUGAAGUUCGUAAAUUAUGAAUUAAUAGUAUCCGGUGAAAACAAUGUCUAUUGUAGAAAAGGGUGAAAUUACGAAACUACAGCAGCAUUUGUCGCUGUUAAAGGAGGAAUACGUAAAAUUGCAAGCGCACUGUAAUGAAUUAGAAAGGAAGUAUGCACUUGCUGCAGCAGCUGUGGGGGAAGUAAAUGAAAAUAGCUUUGUAGCAAAACUUCUGCAGACUGUAGCAGGAUUGUUUGAUCAGCAACUUUACAGCGAUAUGAAGGUGAAAUUAAAUGGACGGCUCAUUCCUGCCCAUCGGUUUGUGUUAGCAGCUAGAAGUGAACACUGGGGUGUCCCUUCGUUGGGAAAUGUUGACUGUCUUGAUUGGAGUGACCUUAUUCCUGAAGUUGGAACUGCAAUGCUUAAGUGGGUCUAUACGGAUCAGGUGGAUUUCUCUCGCGGUGAUAGUUUUACUCUUGACCUCAUGCGAACUGCGAACAUAUACAAGCUAGAAGAUCUUGUUGCCAGGUGCGAAAAGGCUCUGAUGGCAUCUGUUAAUGUUCGCAACUGUGUGAGGUUCUACACAACAGCUGAUGAGAUAGGAGCUGAAACGCUGAAAGAACACUGUUCUGGACUUAUAUCAGCACACUGGGAUGACUUCACAAGUGAAGACUUUGCACAUAUGAGUGCACCUCUACUGUUCCAAAUCUUCAAAUCAAAAACGGGCUUCCCCUUGCAUGCGGCUGCAAGACUGCAGAGAGAAGAUGUUGUAUUCCUGUACCUCGUGGAAAACAGCGCUAAUCUGACAACACUAGUGAAUCAGCUGGAUGGGCGUGGGGAAUUGGCACUAGAUAUAGCAUUGUGUGCUCAGCAUACUGGCAUAGCUGUUACUUUGGUGGAGCACCAAGCAGAUCUCAAUGCUAGAGAUACCCGUGGUUAUACACUGCUUCAUCGAGCUAUUGAAAGAGGCGACCAGUACUCUGCAAGUUUUCUAAUAGACCAUGGUGCAUCUGUGGCCACUGAAACUCCAGAACUUGGUAACACUCCUUUGCACAUGAUUGCUACUUAUUCGCCCAAUACCUCGGAGACCGAUAUCAUUACCGCCAUGGCCGAUGUUGCGAAACAGAUGCUUGAAAAGGGACUCGAUCCUAACCUUCAGAACAAACAAGGCUUUACUCCUCUUCACCUGUCAGUGAUGGCAUGCAAUGAUGUGGUUUUCUCUCUUCUCCUGAGCCGCACCUCACAGCCUGUAGAUUUAAAUAUUCGCACACAUGAGGGUCACACAGCCCUUUGGUUUGCCUUUCUCACAUCUCCAGAGUAUGGGGAAGAAAGUUUUGCUUCACAACUGUUGAAGAAAGGAGCUUCCCCCAAUCCUAUCUAUUCAUCGUCAGCUGACUCCCUUCUCCAUCUUGUCUGCAGAGAAGGUUUGGAAGAAGCAGGGCUAUUAUUAUGUUUACAUGGAGCAAACCCUAAUCAUGUGAAUAAGAAGGGGGAGAGUCCACUUCAUGUGGCGUGUUCCAAAGGCUUGCGCAAGUUAGUUGGAGAGCUACUUAGAGUUGGUGCCAACCCUAACCUACAAACACUUCAGGUUGAUGAUGAUGGUUAUAAUAUCAUUGGCAGAAGUGAUGCUACUACAUUUAGACAGACUCCACUACACGUUGCCAUUGUUCAGAAACAGGAGGGAGCCAUGAGAGCCAUUGUUGAUCAUGAAAAUUCAAACGAACCAAAAUCACUUCCUGUGAAUUUCAACUUGACAGAUUCCUCUGGAAAUACUCCAUUGUCGGUGGCUCUGACAUCUGGGAUGAAGUACAUGGUAGCCAUAUUGAUUCAAGGUGGUGCUGAUAUAAAUGUCCGGAAUGGAAAGGGUCUAACACUCCUGCAUCAGGCUAUCCUGAAGGAAGACUCUGAAACAGCAAUUUUCCUGUUAGAUCAAGGUGCUGAUAUUAAUGCAAUAACGACAGAUAAUGAGACUCCUCUCCAACUUAGUAUCAAGUGUCAGUUGCCAGAUGUGGUUGAUUCCCUUUGUAAAAGAGGUGUUGAUAUGUCUGUCCUAGAUGCUAAUAAUAAUUGUCCUCUUUGGAUGGCACUGGAGAGUGGUCAAGAGGACAUUGCAGCAAUACUUGUCCGGAAUGGGGUUGACACAGACUGUUGGGGACAUGGUCCUGAAGGUUGUUACCAGACGUUACUUCAUAAAUCUAUAGAUGAAAACAAGGAGCAAAUUGCACGCUUUUUAAUUCAGAGUGGCUGUGACCUGAAUGAAGCCAGAAGACCUGGCCCUGGAGGUCGAGGCGGUGAUGAGGCUCGUGACCAGGCCAGUCCAUUACAUCUUUGUUGUCAGUGGGGUCUAGAAACAGUAGUGCAAACAUUAGUGGAGCAUGGUGCUGCCAUCAACAGCAGGGAUGCCGAAGGAAAAACUCCACUUCAUGUUGCUAUCCAGAACCAACAUCCAGCCAUUAUCACUUUGUUAUUAUGCCAUCCAGGAAUUCACCUCUCCAUCCGGGACAAGAGUGGAUUAACUCCUUUUGCCACAGCUCUUACCUAUAGGAACAACAAAGCAGCUCAAGCUAUUCUUGACAAGCUACCCACAGCAGCUGAACAGUAUGACAACAAAGGUCGCAACUUCCUACACAUGGCUAUUCAGAAUAAAGAUAUGGAGAGCGUGCUGUUUCUGCUAUCAAUCCAUGUGGAUGUUAAUUCAAGAGUCCAGGAUGCAUCACAGACUCCACCACUUCAUCUGGCUGCAGCCUCAGGAUCAGAGAUGCUUGUGCGGAGUCUGCUCUUAGCUGGAGCUAGAGCUGACGAUCGUGAUGCUCACCGCCGUACAGCUUUGCAUGUAGCAACUGCCGCGGGACAUGCCGCUGUCGUAUCAGCUCUGAUUCAGAAUGGUUCUGAUUUUGAUGCAAUAGACUCAGAACGUGACAAUGCACUUCACAUUGCAACCCGUGAGGGACACCUUUCUGUGGCACGUGCUUUACUUACUGAAUCACGUCUUGAUGCGGAAGCCAUGAAUAUCAAAGGUCGCAAUCCAUUACAUGUCCUUGCUUGGUACUCGCGUGACAAUGCAGCUGCCAUUUGCGACCUCUUUCUUGAGUGCAUGCCUGAGUAUCCACUGGAUAAGCCAGAUCUUGAAGGGAACACAGCUCUGUUGCUGGCAUAUAUGAAGGGGAAUGGAAAUUUGUGCCGCACCUUGGUGAAAGCCGGUGCAUGUCUUGGUGCAAUGAACAAAGAUGGAGUAACAAUUUUCAACUAUCAGGUGGCAACAAAACAACUUCUUUCCAGACUUCUGGAUAAUUUGUGUCAGGAGCCCCCUUGGGCAGAGGGAGACAUUUGCUUGGAGUGUGGUGUCAAGUUUGGCCUAACAAUGAGGAAGCAUCACUGCCGGCAUUGUGGUCGAAUUUUAUGCAGCAAGUGUUCAGAUCGAGACGUUCCAAUCCUAAAGUUUGGAUUAAAUAAACCUGUUAGAGUUUGUUGGGUUUGUUUUGAUGUCUUGCAAGUUGGAAGUGCCUAACACUCGUCAUGGUGUCUGUCUCCUGGGGAAUAUUAAUUUCCUUUCUGGAACUCUAGGAUGAAAAAUAGUGGACCAACAACAGUGAAGUAAAAUAAAUAAUAUUAAGAACAGCAGGUAUGAAUGGAAAAAAGGAAUGUGAAGUUGUGAAUACCAGAGCACAAUGAAGAUUAUUCCCAUAGAAACUGAGCAUAAGUAAGAAGGUAUCUUGUUAAUUUAUAAUGAGGUUCUAUGAGAAAUAUCAAUUUUAAGAACCUUCAUUGCUAUGCUAAUAAGAAUAACAACAGUUGAUAAUUGUCCUGUACUUUUCCAUUUUGGAUGAUUAUAUUGGAGGCAAACUACAUGAUAUUAUACAUGUAUGAAAAUAGAACAUAGGGAAUUGUUUAAUAUUCCUAGGUAACUGCAUAUGGCAAUAUUACAGGAGGAAAUUACAUUAUUAUUUGUUAAAGGGAUGUUUUUCUUGAAAAUGUUAUAUAUGAUUAAUUUAUUUGAAAUUUUAAAGUAUGUUUGAAAUUCAGAUCUGUGGAACAUUUAUAAUGUAGUAUAAAUUGCAUGUGAUACAGAUCAUUGUCAGUGUUUAUUUUGCAGAGGAGCUAAUGUUACUAGAAAUUCAUCAUAUUAAUAAACUGUUUGCUGCUAAAACCAAAUUAAUUACUACUGCAGGAUAGAGAAUUAUAAAUGUAAUUUCAGCUGUUGAAAAUUAACAGCAAUAUCACAGUUCAUAUCAUGACAGUGUCUCAUGUUGUAAUAGCAUGAGUUAAUUUUCCCAGGGUCUGAUGCAUUAUGUGACAGUUCUGUGUGGUGUUGGUCAUCAGACUGUGAAUUGUUGUCCUUUUGAUUGGGAACCAUUGUUUUUCUGGUCUCAUCACUAGAAUUUGCUGGCCAUACUCAGGGCAAAUAUUAGGUAAAUCUUGAUGAUCUGUGGGCAUUUUUAUACAAGAAAAGGCUCCAUAUUUACUUGAAAGACUAUUGUUCUUAAAUGAAAAAUUUAUUUAGUAAAACAGUGAUCAUUCACGAAUUAUCUUCUUACUGCCAUGAUGUAGCUAGUUAUGAAAGUUUAGCAUUAUUCAGUAUAAACUGAAUUUUAACUUUCUUUUGCUCUCUACCAGUCUGACCAGAAAGUGCAUUUAUCUUUCAGGUUACCAGUGUUUGUUUUCAUAAAUGCUCAGUUGCUUUUGUGGGGAGGAGAAGGCUGUAUGUAUGGCUUAUCAGCUUAAGUCACCUAGCAACAAAUCAUAAGUUCAUGAAGCCACCACAAGCAUUCCUUUGUCAGACAAGUUAUGGAAGUGACUCUGCAGUUCAGAAUAGUUAUUGGUUUGCUAGAUGUUCUAUCACAUGUACACUUCAAAUAUCAUAUCCACCUUUUCAGAUUUUGUUCAUCUUUAGAAAUGAAGAUGGCUGUCUUCUGGGUUGUUAUGCCAUGUGGUUUGGUAGAAGUUUACCAACAUUUCAGAGGUGCUUGAUGUCUCCAUCAUUAGGGCUAUCAGACACCACUCUGGUGUUGGAGGCAGCAAGCACCUCAGAAAUGUUAGUAAACUUCUACCAGAUUACACACUACAACAACCCAGAAGACGGCUGCCAUGAGAACCUGAAAUAUCAGCUUAUAAAUAUUUAGAUUCUACAUCGAAUUUCUGCUAAAGAAAUAAUUGGUACUUUAUUAUAUCAUAUUUGUAUAUACAUAUCAAAUUUGAAUAUAACAUGAAGACUGAUAUUUAAUCAUUCCUUUUUUUAUAUAUGUAGGCACCAUCACAGUGGCCGCUCGGUCUGAGGCGUGGGCCUUGUGCCGCUUGGUCACUGGGAUCGUGGGUUCAAAUCCCA